GUCAGCGCUUCCCCCAGCUUCGCGGGGCCUGCCAACUUGAAACUUGAACCUACAACACGAGGAACAGCAACGAGCCCGACCUCGAAACUGCAAAGGCGGGGAAAACAAAGCCACUAUGAACGGAGUGGUCGAGGCGUUACAUAUUUACGACGAGCACAACGCCCUCAUCUUGUCGCACACAUACACGUCGCGGCCGCUGGCGGCGAACCAUCUUCUGCCCCUCUAUCUUGAGCACCCUGUUCCGCGCCCGAACCUCAUCUACCUGCCCAACACCAACCCGCCGACCCUCGUUUUUAGUCUCAGGCAUGCGAACCUGCUCUUCCUCCUGACCACGUCGUCCGAGAUCGAACCGCUGCUGGUCCUCGAGUUCCUGCACCGCGCCGUCGAUGCGCUCGAAGAAUUCCUCGGUGCGCCGUUGCUGGCCCACAAGAUUGAGGCCAACUACGAUGUGGUCGCCCAACUCCUUACCGAGAUGUGCGAUGCCGGCACCAUCAGCACCACCGAGCCCAACGCCCUGCGCGACCUGGUCGAGGUCGAGGGGUUCAUGGACAAGUUGCUAGGAAAUCUCAACCUCCCAACGAAACCACCCUUCGCAAAUACGUUCACCGCCCCAACCCCGACCCUCCACGUCCAACCAAACACGCCCGCGCUCCCCUGGCGCCGCGCCAACGUGCGCCACACCUCCAACAAGCUCUACUGCGACGUGAUCGAGACGCUGUCGGUGACGCUCGCGCCCUCGGGCCGGCCGCUGGCGGCCUUCGCCAACGGCACCAUCGCCUUCACCUCGGAGGUCUCGGGGGUGCCCGACAUCGUCAUGACGCUCACCGGCCCCGGGGGCAGGCACAACCUCGGGAGCGUCAUCGACCUGCCCGUCUUCCACCCCUGCGUGCGCCUGGCCCGCUGGCGCGAGCAGCCCGGCGUCUUGUCCUUCAUCCCCCCCGACGGCCGGUUCACGCUGGCCGGGUACGAGGUCGAUCUGAUGCCGCUCACGGGCGAGGGCGCCGCCGCCUACGGACUGGGGGCAAACCCGCUGAGGCUGCCGGUAUCGCUGGAGAUCAAGACGGGACUCGGAUUGACGGGGUCGGAAUUCGAGGUGAGGGUGCAGGUGAGCCGGGUGUUUGGCCCCGCCGGGGCUGGGCCAGGUUUGAGGGGAGGAGGAGCUGGUGUCGGCAGUGGUGGUGGCGGCGGCGGCGGCGCACGCGGCUUCGGGGUGGGCUCGCCGCAGCCUGGCACCCCGGGUUCGCCUGUGCUGCAGGAUCUGGUCGUCUCGGUCCCGCUGCCGGCAGACGUAAGGAACCUCUCGGAGAUUCGGCCUACAAAGGGGGACGCCACCUACAACCCCGGAGACCGGGCGCUGGAAUGGUCCAUUUCCAACAAGGAAUUAGCACAGGGCACCUCACCGUUUGCUCUGCGGUGUACGGUUGUGGGGCACAUGCCCGACGAGGAUGACGAGGAUUCUGAUCCCACAGGAUUCGGAUUUGGCAGCGGGGCAAGCGCAUACUCCUAUGACGAGCCGUACCAGGCUUCAUCGCCUGUUGCAAAGACGACCAAGGCGCCCCCGACCGUCGGAGCCGGGGAACGGGAUGAACGCAGGGCGGCGCAGAAUAAGAUUCUGAUGCCCAGCUCGGCCUCGGUUAGCUUUGCCGUUAAGGGUUGGCUGGCCAGCGGGAUCAAGGUGGAGGGUAUCCAUCUCGACCCAAGGAAGAGCCGCGGUCUGGGAGAGAGCGUGAAGCCGUACAAGGGUGUCAAGUACUUGACGGUUAGUAGAGGUGGUGUCGAGAUUAGGUGCUAAUAAUCCACGCAACGGCUCUGCCUGACCGUGCACGCCGCGCAUUCGGAGCUGUCCUUGACCGCGUCCUCCUCCUCCCUCGGAGAACUGCCAUACGUUCCAACCUCACCACACCACUCCCGUACUGUCUGGUCGAUGGGGGCCAGGCUUGUAUUGUGGUGUGCUUCAUCAGGACGCAGAUAUCCACCGACCGCCGUUCGCUUGUCAAUCCUCCCGCGUUCUUCCUUGCAAUACUCCGUAGUGUAUGUAGU